AUGAAGCUCUCUCCUUACAGUUCGGCGCUUGUCCUCCUCGUCUCCUACUAUGGGAGACUGACUUCCUGUCAAACUCCGCCGGGCUUCUCCCCCAGUACCAACAAGGCCCUGUACGUCUCCUUCGACAAUGUGGAAAUCACGCCAGGAAAGCGUUAUCCCCUUGAUGACACGGCGGUCUCUCCCAGCAUCGCUUUCCCCGGCUGUGGUCCUCCGCAAGACACCCAUCUUGUCCUGAUGGUCGAUCUGGAUGCCCCUGAUGGUGCCGCGAACAACCGCAGCCUGGCCCCUCUCCUGCACUGGCUGCAGCAAUCCAUCCCAGCGAGGCUUCCGGCCAUCUCGAGCAACUACUCUGUCGCCGCUGCCGCCCCCAUCGCACCAUACGCUAUGCCUCAACCACCUCCAGGAUCCGGGCUGCAUCGAUAUGUCAUUCUUGCGUUCGACCAACCCCAGAAGACAUUCAGUGUGCCGGCCAAUUUUUCACAAUUCAACAACGAGAAUCGUUUCAACUUUGAUGUGGCCGAGUUUGCGGAAGAGGCGAAGUUGACUGUUGCAGGAGCGACUUGGUUCGUGACACAGAAUACCACACAAGCUUAG